GGUGACAAACAAGAAUCAAAAGCACGAUGCCGUGAUGUCUCUCCUGAGUCUUGAGCCCUGACUCCUGAGUAAGAUAACGAUAACGGGGCUGAAGGCUGAAGCCGCUGAAGUGCUGAGGUUCAAAAUUAGAAUCCAUGGAUUCUGUGGAUCACAAAACUAGUACGGUGAAGUACGGCAUCAUAGGGGUUGGAAUGAUGGGCAGAGAGCAUCUCAUCAAUUUGUACCAUCUUCGCACCGAAGGCAUCGUCGUUGUCGCCAUAGUCGAUCCUCACGUUACUUCCCAACAGCACGCCCUGGAUUUAGCUCAGUCCUUUAAUUGGCCUCUCAAAGUUUUCGAAGGGCACCAGGAGCUGUUAGACAGUGCACUCUGUGACGUUUUGGUGAUAUCAACUCCAAACAUGACCCAUUACAGAAUCUUAAUGGACAUCAUCAAUCAUCCCAAAGCACAUCACGUUCUGGUAGAAAAGCCAUUGUGCACCACUGUCUUGCAUUGCAAAGAGGUUGUUGAUGCUGCUAGAAAGAGACCAGAUAUCUUAGUACAAGUUGGACUGGAAUAUAGAUACAUGCCACCUGUUGCAAAACUGAUAGAAAUAGUCAAGGGAGGAAGUGUUGGACGGGUCAGAAUGGUAGCAAUCAGGGAGCACCGGUUUCCUUUCUUGGUUAAGGUGAACAAUUGGAAUCGAUUCAAUAUGAACUCAGGGGGCACUUUGGUAGAAAAAUGCUGCCACUUUUUUGAUCUGAUGAGGCUGUUUGCUGGUGCAAAUCCUGUUCGUGUGAUGGCUUCUGGAGCAAUUGAUGUUAAUCACAAGGAUGAAGUAUAUGAUGGGAAGGUGCCGGAUAUUAUUGACAAUGCAUAUGUUAUAGUUGAAUUUGCCAAUGGUUCUCGAGGGAUGCUUGAUCUCUGUAUGUUUGCUGAAGGGAGUAAAAACGAGCAAGAAAUAUCUGUAGUGGGUGACGUCGGAAAGGGGGAGGCCCUUGUUCCUGAGAGUAUCGUUCGGUUCGGUACAAGAGAGGCUGGGCGAGAUGGUGUUCAAACAUUGAAAGCUGAGGAUCACAGGAUAAGGUAUGAUGGAUUGCACCAUGGGUCUAGUUAUCUGGAACACCUGAACUUCUUGAGUGCAAUUAGGACUGAAGGUCAAAAAGCUCCAGCAGUAGAUCUCGAAGAUGGACUGAUAUCUGUUGCCAUGGGAGUUGCAGCGCAGCUUUCCAUUGAGUUUGGCCGAUUUGUUACUAUAAAGGAAGUUAUGGAUGAGCUUUAAUUAUGAGAAUGGUGAAUACUCUUGUCUCUGACCCUUCUAACCUUAUUGUCGUUUUAUGGGGAGGCCCUUGGUGGCUGGCUACAACAUAAGAAAUGUACAGGUCUAUUACACCCCCCCCCCCCAAAAAAAAAAAAAGCUAUUAGCCUCCUUUAUUUCCCGUCAUUUGUUCUCUGUAAAUUGAAAAUAGUAGAGUGGAAAAAAAUUAUAUGCAACAUAUCUGGGAAAAUUUGAGGAAGAACCGUCUUCCCAAAUAUUCUGUUCAUGUGAUUAUACCAGAGCAAUAUGUUUUGGUGCACUCUCCAUAAAAUCUAUGUGCUUAGACAAUUCAAAUCAUGGUCUAUAUUAAGUUAAAGUACAAAUCUCAAAUUUUUUUCGGAGACCCAAUUGAGAAAAGGGGAGGUGAGGACCAUACAGAGGCUGAUUGAGAAUGGAGCGUCCAUAAAUGGUUGGGAAGAGAAGGGAUUUGGCGAAGAACUUGGAAAACCCACUGUGAAGAACUGAUCUGUGAGAGAUGCAAGAUUUGAGGAAGGGUAAAGCCUUUUCUCCGACCAGUUGUAGAUUGAUUGCUCUGGGUUUCUCCACCAUGACCAAGACUCAAUCAAUUUUGCAGAACUCUGACGAAAGGAGUUGAAGGGUUUGGCAAAUCCACUGUUUGAGUUCUAGAUUUGUCGCUCUGGGCUUCUGCAUCAUGCUUGGGACUCGAUACGCAUAAUCUGUGACAAUUGACAAGGAUUUGAGCAGUCUCGCAAAUCCACUGUCCGAAUUAAGGGAAUCGAAAGGAGUUUCAAAUUCGUCUUCGCUUGAAGACGAAGGAGAAUGGAGAUUCUUCAUUGAUCGACGACAGCACAGGUUCAAUGGUUUUAAUAGCUAAGAUUGAUCUAGUUUUGAUUUAUCACUCUAUUGUUGUCCUUUGCACUUUUUAUACUUGUGGAGUUAUUGCUGUGAUGUAUCACUGAUUUUUAGUUCUGAUUUAUCAAGUUCCAAAUUUAUCGCUCUAA